AUGCACCUGGCCUGCGCUGAACUCGUGCUGCAAAGGGUUCAGAGAGCAGGAAGGGACAGCGGCGCUGGCAGCACGAAGGCAGAGCGUGUGCUGGGCAGGGAUGGUGGCGCUGGCAGCACAAAGGCAGAGCGUGUGCUGGGCAGGGAUGGUGGCGCUGGCAGGACGAAGGCAGAGCAUGUGCUGGGCAGGAACGGCAGCGCUGGCAGGACGAAGGCAGAGCGUGUGCUGGGCAGGGACGGCGGCGCUGGCAGCACGAAGGCAGAGCGUGUGCUGGGCAGGGACGGCGACGCUGGCAGGACGAAGGCAGAGCGUGUGCUGGGCAGGGACGGCGGCGCUGGCAGGACGAAGGCAGAGCGUGUGCUGGGCAGGGACGGCGGCGCUGGCAGGACGAAGGCAGAGCGUGUGCUGGGCAGGGACGGCGGCGCUGGCAGCACGAAGGCAGAGCGUGUGCUAGGCAGGGACGGUGGCUCUGGCAGGACGAAGGCAGAGCGUGUGCUGGGCAGGGAUGGCGGCGCUGGCAGCACGAAGGCAGAGCGUGUGCUGGGCAGGGACGGCUACACUGGCAGGACGAAGGCAGAGCGUGUGCUGGGCAGGGACGGCGACGCUGGCAGGACGAAGGCAGAGCGUGUGCUGGGCAGGGACGGCGGCGCUGGCAGGACGAAGGCAGAGCGUGUGCUGGGCAGGGACGGCGGCGCUGGCAGCACGAAGGCAGAGCGUGUGCUAGGCAGGGACGGUGGCUCUGGCAGCACGAAGGCAGAGCGUGUGCUGGGCAGGGAUGGCGGCGCUGGCAGCACGAAGGCAGAGCGUGUGCUGGGCAGGGAUGGCGACACUGGCAGGACGAAGGCAGAGCGUGUGCUGGGCAGGGACGGCUACACUGGCAGGACGAAGGCAGAGCGUGUGCUGGGCAGGGACGGCGACGCUGGCAGGACGAAGGCAGAGCGUGUGCUGGGCAGGGACGGCGACGCUGGCAGGACGAAGGCAGAGCGUGUGCUGGGCAGGGACGGCGGCGCUGGCAGCACGAAGGCAGAGCGUGUGCUGGGCAGGGACGGCGGCGCUGGCAGCACGAAGGCAGAGCGUGUGCUGGGCAGGGACGGCGGCGCUGGCAGCACGAAGGCAGAGCGUGUGCUGGGCAGGGACGGCGGCGCUGGCAGCACGAAGGCAGAGCGUGUGCUGGGCAGGGACGGCGGCGCUGGCAGCACGAAGGCAGAGCGUGUGUUAGGCAGGGACGGUGGCUCUGGCAGGACGAAGGCAGAGCGUGUGCUGGGCAGGGACGGCGACGCUGGCAGGACGAAGGCAGAGCGUGUGCUGGGCAGGGACGGCGGCGCUGGCAGCACAAAGGCAGAGCGUGUGCUAGGCAGGGACGGUGGCUCUGGCAGGACGAAGGCAGAGCGUGUGCUGGGCAGGGACGGCGGCGCUGGCAGCACGAAGGCAGAACGUGUGCUAGGCAGGGAUGGUGGCUCUGGCAGGACGAAGGCAGAGCGUGUGCUGGGCAGGGAUGGCGGCGCUGGCAGCACGAAGGCAGAGCGUGUGCUGGGCAGGGACGGCGACGCUGGCAGGACGAAGGCAGAGCGUGUGCUGGGCAGGGACGGCGGCGCUGGCAGCACGAAGGCAGAGCGUGUGCUGGGCAGGGACGGCGGCGCUGGCAGCACGAAGGCAGAGCGUGUGCUGGGCAGGGACGGCGGCGCUGGCAGCACGAAGGCAGAGCGUGUGCUGGGCAGGGACGGCGGCGCUGGCAGGACGAAGGCAGAGCGUGUGCUGGGCAGGGACGGCGGUGCUGGCAGCACGAAGGCAGAGCGUGUGCUGGGCAGGGACGGCGGUGCUGGCAGCACGAAGGCAGAGCGUGUGCUGGGCAGGGACGGCGACGCUGGCAGGACGAAGGCAGAGCGUGUGCUGGGCAGGGACGGCGGUGCUGGCAGCACGAAGGCAGAGCGUGUGCUGGGCAGGGACGGCGGUGCUGGCAGCACGAAGGCAGAGCGUGUGCUGGGCAGGGACGGCGGUGCUGGCAGCACGAAGGCAGAGCGUGUGCUGGGCAGGGAUGGCGGCGCUGGCAGCACGAAGGCAGAGCGUGUGCUGGGCAGGGACGGCGGCGCUGGCAGCACGAAGGCAGAGAGUGUGCUAGGCAGGGACGGCGGCGCUGGCAGCACGAAGGCAGAGCGGUCUGAGCAUGGCCUUCCAGACUCCCGGGGCUCAUCUCCGUCUCCCACUGCUCUCGUCUGCCUUCCACGCACCUUGCUCUGA